AUGUCUGCUGAAUACGGUGCUAUUAAUACUCAAGAUGAAGAGACUCCUUUGGUGUCAAGAGAGGUAGAGACCCAAGAGACCUGCAAGCAAAAGUGCCAACGUAUCUUCCACAGCCAUCGUGUCCAUAUCAUUACCGGUUGGUUCCUUGUCAUUGCUCUCACUGCUGCUUUAACUGUUGGUGCUCAUUUCGCCUUCUUCAAGGAUAACACUCCUGUUGAUACCACCCCCGAAGAUGUUCAAAUGCAAUGUGUUUCUGAACGCAGUUGGUUUGUUUCCCUUAUGCUCUCUAUCUUUCUCGGUCCUUUAGGUGUUGAUCGUUUCUAUCUCGGUUAUAUUUUCCUCGGUAUCUUGAAGCUCAUCACUGCUGGUUUAGGUGGUAUUUGGUGGACUAUUGAUGUUGUCUUGAUUGCUCUUAAUGUUCUUAACGAUCACCCCAACGGUUGUCACUUGAGAUAA